AUGCAGACUUUAGGUCCUUAUACUAUAGGUCCCGAAAUCGGAAAGGGCUCCUUCGCCACAGUUUACAAAGGUAUUGAUACAACCAAUAAUCGUGCAGUGGCAAUCAAAUCAGUAGUUAGAUCGAAGUUAAAAUCUAAAAAGUUGAUUGAGAAUUUGGAAAUUGAAAUUCUGAUUUUAAAAUCAAUGAAGCACCCCCAUAUUGUGGGUUUGUUAGAUUAUAAACAAACUUCAACCCAUGUUCAUUUAGUCAUGGACUAUUGUUCCAUGGGUGAUUUAUCAUAUUUCAUUAGAAGAAGGAAUCAGUUAGUUAAAUCUCAUCCCGUUAUAUCAAGUUUAUUGGAAAGAUAUCCUUCUCCUGAAGGUUCACAUGGUCUUAACGAAGUAUUAGUCAUCCAUUUCUUACGCCAGUUAUCGUCAGCUCUUCAUUUCUUAAGAGAUAAGAGUUUGGUCCAUCGUGAUAUUAAACCUCAAAAUUUAUUAUUAUGUCCUCCUGUACAUUCAAAACAAGCAUUUAUUGACCAACAUUUUGUGGGAAUGUGGGAAUUACCAAUAUUAAAAAUUGCGGAUUUUGGUUUUGCAAGAUUCUUGCCCUCCACUUCAAUGGCAGAAACUUUAUGUGGCUCCCCUCUUUAUAUGGCUCCUGAAAUCCUUCGAUAUGAAAAGUAUAAUGCUAAAGCAGAUUUAUGGUCAGUUGGCGCGGUCUUGUAUGAAAUGACCGUGGGUAAACCUCCAUUUAAAGCAGGUAAUCACAUUGAAUUAUUAAAGAAUAUUGAAAAAGCAAACGACAAGAUUAAAUUUCCUUCUGCUGCACAAGUUCCUGAACCUUUGAAGCAAUUAAUCAGAUCCCUUUUGAAAUAUAACCCCACUGAAAGAAUUUCAUUCAACGAAUUCUUCAACGAUCCUUUAAUCACUUGUGACCUAGAAGAUACUAAUCAACCUUUGGAAACUUCUUCUAUGGAUGAAAAUUUAUUCAUCAGUGAAUAUAUUAGUCCAAUAAGACCAUCAGAAAGAUCUCAGUUCAUAACACCAAUCCCAGCAGCUCCUCCAUUGACCGAAGCUGUGGAUGAAAAUGAGCCUACCAAGGUUGAACAACAACAGCAGCAGCAACCGCCUAUUAUCAAGAAAUCUUCUCCAACACCGACUUCACGUGAUGAAGAAAUCAAGCAGAUUAUAAAUAAAAGUAGUCCAGGUCCUGAACAACUUUCACAAUCUAUUCAAGGACGUAGUACCGUCAUACCUAAUCUCAAAUUUAGAAAAGAUGAUAUAAUAUUAGAAAAAGAUUAUGUUGUUGUUGAAAAACGGGCUGUUGAAGUCAAUGCAAUUGCAGAUGAGUUGGCCCAUGCUGGUAGUGGUGCAGUUGCCAUAAAUACGCCAAGAAAGAGUCUGGCUGGCUCAAUUGAGAAUGCGAAUAAACCAAGUGCUCCUCAACAGAGAUAUAGAAGAUCAUCGGUGAAUGGAAGUCAAAGACGACCCAGCUUUAAUGAUAGAAGAAUUUCUAUCUCAAUUUCUCCAACAAAUGCCUUGAGUAAAGCAAUUGGUUUAGCUUCUCAUAGAUUAUUUGGAUCUGGAAGCAGUACUGGUGCAGCAGGUAAUACUAAUACUCAUUUGGUUCAGGCAACUAUAUCUGAAGAUGGUGCUAAUAAUGAUGGUGGGAGCCAGGAGAAUGCGUUAUCAACAGCUAUCUCCAGUCCCAAUUUCGCUAAUCAUUUGUUAUUACAAAAGUUAAAUUUGCUUACUUCAAGCACUGCUCCAGCUAACACCUCCACGGCAAUGGAUAUAACCAAUAGUCAAAUGCAAUCAUUGCAACAACAAUUUCAGGAUUUAAAUAGCGAUGAACUUGUCUUGUAUAAGUUGGAAUCUAUUGCAACUAAAGCACAUGCUGUGAAUUUGUUUGCUGAUGUUAAAUUCAGUCAAUUGAUUCCUAGUCCACCUUCGUCGGACGGCUUGGAUGAUGAUUUGCUUCAUCAAAAUGAUAUGUUACCACCCAAGAUAAUCAAAACAAUAAGCGAAGAAGGAGUAGUUUUAUAUGUUAAAACGUUAUCAUUAUUGGCCAAGGGGAUGGUGAUAGCUAGUGAAUGGUGGUAUAGUCAAUUUGAUAAUGAAGGAUUACUCAAUUUGGAAGAAGCUACUAAACCAGAUAUUCAAGUCUCGGUGAAAAUUAAUCAACUAGUUCAAUGGAUUCGCGAGAAGUUUAAUGAAUGUUUGGAAAAGGCAGAAUUUGUUAAAUUGAGAUUACAGGAAGCAAAUUUGGCAAUUAGUAAAGGUGAUGAAGAUUCACAAUUGUCAUUUCAUGAGGAAGGGAGUACGAAAGUUAUUGCUGAGAAAUUGAUUUUCGAUCGUGCAUUAGAAAUGUCAAGAAAUGCGGCAGUGAAUGAAUUGGUUAAAGAAGAUUUAAAAGGCUGCGAGUUGGCAUACAGCACCGCAAUCUGGAUGUUGGAGGCGUUAUUGGAUGAGGAUUCGAAUGAUGAGCUUGAGCCUAGAUUAGACAAUGAGGAUAAAGCCAUGGUUGAAAAGUUUAUUGUAAGUAUUGGCAAUCGGUUAUCUGUCUUGAAAAAAAAAUUAGAAUUGCUUUAA